UGGGGGCACUGUGCCACCUGGGGGAUCGACGUCACGGGGGCUAUGUUGCCCCGCGCCAUUUUCUUUGGUGGAGAUUUCGUACAAAGCCAGAUUCUGCAUCACCAAUUCUGUUCCACGCCCAUCUUCCAACCGAAGAAUUGGGUCUAAACCCAGUUUCUUCAUCGGUUUUAUCUUCACAACCACAUUCUCCUCGCACGAUUUGGUUUAAUAGAUUUAUCUUGCUAAGCUGAGCUGUACAUCUCGUUGGUUUCUUAAAAAAACUAUGUCCACCCAGCCCCCCACGAAACUCAAAGUGUUGCUUGGAAACGGAUAUCUUGAUAUCGAAGAUGCUGCAAAACGGGAACAUGACUUCGUACUUGAGACACUCAUCAGUGCCUUUCUCCUACUUCCACUCAGUCCAAACACUCUCACUCGCAUUCAACUAGGGGACUGUUUUCGCCGUUCACUCCAGUCUAGUCGGCAAACAACACCGUAUCGCCUUCACACCAUUGUUACCGAGUGCAAGGCCGGAUCGGUCGACACAUCCUCGCUGGAGGCGAAGUUUUUCGAGUACGAAGGGGUUCGGACUGUCACUGCUCUCGCCGCUGCAGCAGCGGACAAUAAGCAGACAGUGAGCCUGCUAAAAGGUCUUUCGAAUGCUGAAUUCCAGGCCUUUCUGAAGUCCAUCGAUGCCAUUGAACCACACCGUGAUCUUCUCUUCAUCAUCGAGACGCUCGAGAGAAAAAGACCCUCGAGACUAUCGAAGCGAAAACACGUCCCGGGUCCUCGCCCUCCUCGCCCUCGCCCUCGUGGCCACUAUUCUCAUAUUCCCGGCAGUGUUCCACAGGCUUUAGAAAGGUUCCAAAUGGUGAAUGACACUUCUAUCAAUAACUUACCGGCAACAUCACAUAAGCAUCGCUUGAAUGACGCUGCAGCACACUUAGUCAGCCCUUCUACAGUUGGUAAACCCCAAGGGGGAGAAACUUCCAUCACGUCGGACCUUGGACAAACAGCGGAAAAUGUGCGGGCCUCGGGAUUUAAUACCCUUGUUGCAGUCGAGUUCCAAGAAAACGAUGGCGCAGACAACCAUACCUUUCCACAAGACCACAACACUUUCCCUAACGUAGCAUCAGGCCUGACCGGCACGUGGCAGUGUGAUGGUAAGUGCAGCCAUGUCAUUCCAAACAGACGUUAACCGACUGCAGAUAACUAUAGGAUUGACUUAGA